ACGAGCAAACCGGAUCACGUCUACAUAAGCAACUCACCUCAGAGGCAAAGCAGUAUUUCAUCACCCAGGUGUUGCAGAAUGGCUCUGACUUUAGACCGUCACCAGGUACGGUUCUACAUCAAUUGCUUGCCGAAAUUGAACAAAAUCCUGACUCCAUUCCAAGUGUAGCGGAGUUUCGUGCUGGAGAGCAAUUCCUUAAACCUGAUGAUGAUGAAUCGUGGCUUUAUAUCACCCCAGACGAGUUGGAUGCGAUGCUCUUGGAUCGGGCUGGUCUGAAACCCGGUGAGUCAUGUAGCGCAAAUCGUGGUCACAAAUACAAGGAUAAGGGCGACCAUGACAAACAGAUACCGAUAGCACAGCUGCUCGACAAACUUGUCGGUGCUUCUUCUUCAUAUGAAGGAAUUGAAGUUAACACAACCAGAUCUGGUUCGAAACGUAAGUCUGGUCCAGGCGAUACGAAUGAAGACGCUUUGACGGAGGAUGACGACAGUGGCGAGGGAAGCGAUUCAGACGACGCCAAACCGUGGGAUUUGAUGUCGGAAGAUUCUGAGGACGGCUUUGCCGAAUGUAGUCGCGCCCAGAGCAAAGGCAAAGGGCAACAGACAGAAUCGAUGAACAUGUACGAUAUGAUGCGUUCGCUUCUCAGCAAAAUGGGUAGGUCCUUGUUCGCCUUCCACAGUUUUGGGGAGUACACCAAUUGA